AUGCGCCUCACGCGUGUUGGCUGUAAAUGCGCUCCCGCGCGGGUGACGCAACACCUGUCUUGUGCCCGCAGGGAGGAGCCGGGCGCCGCCGCCGCGGACAGCAAGGCAGCGCACGACCUGGCCCCCGCAGGCACCACGCACAGCGUCGGCUACGGGCAUCACCUUCACCCUUUCUACUUCCAAGGAGGGACAGAUGAAGCACGGCGGUAUUCCUGCGCAUUACAAGGCGAAUGGAAGCCGAUCGUGCACGACUCGGGCGGCUACAGCAGCGGCCACUCCAGCUACGGGCCGUCGGGCGACCCGUCGCUGCAUCAGCACGCGCACCAGCCGCACCAGCCUCACGUACACGUGCACGUGCAGCACGGACGUGGCGCAGCUGUGGACGGGGCGGCCGGGGCGUGGAAGCCGCACGUGGGCGGCGGCGGCCUCGCCGGCCGCGACCUUCCUGCUGCCGCCGCCCCCGCCGCCGCCGCCGCCGCGCCGCGCGCCCCGCCGCCGCCGCUCCCAAGCCCCCGCGGGGCCUCGCAAGGGCAAGGCAGCGCCGCCAAGCUGCGCGGCCACGCGCCCCCGCCCCCGCCCCGCCCCCGCCCGCCCACGGCGCACAAGGCCAAGUUCCGCGCCAAGCCCUUCCUCGGCAAGCCCUUCGGUUAUCCUCCAUACUUGGAAAAUGAUUCAGAUUAUUUUGUUGCACGUCUUCAAUUAGCAAAAUAA